AAACCUUUCCAGUUCCUUCCUCCUCGCGAAUCCCUCCGCGGCCGCGCGAUUUCUGCGCCCUUCCUUCGCCUCUCCCUCCGCAGCUAAAUCACGAUCCCACCCCUGGUCCCGCACGCACCGCGUCUCCGCAGGCCAUGGAGCAAGCCUCGGGGCCGGCACCACUUCCGCCACCGCCGCAGCCCGCGGCCGAGAGAGACAUGGGCUUCGCCGAGCGCGCCCUCGCGGCCGCCGGCGCCGCCGUCGUGUCCGCCGUCCUCGUCAACCCCCUCGACAUCGCCAAGACGAGGUUGCAAGCGCAAGCUGCUGGAGUUGUCUACAAUCCUAUAUGGUCAGAUUUUAGGUGCUAUCCCUCAUGCAGCACGGGUGGAAUCAAUGGUUUUGGCCCAUCCUGCAGUCCUGAAUGCUUUCAGUACAGGGGAACUAUGGACGUGUUUUCUAAGGUCACUAGGCAGGAAGGAAUAUUUAGACUAUGGAGAGGUACUGGUGCAAGCCUAGCAUUGGCUGUGCCAACGGUUGGAAUAUAUCUACCUUCUUAUGAUUUAUUGCGAAAUUGGAUUGAAGAAUACUCGGAUCAUAAUUGCCCAAAACUAAGACCGUAUGCUCCUCUUAUUUCUGGCUCUAUUGCACGAUCGCUGGCAUGUAUAACUUGUUCCCCUAUUGAGUUAGCAAGGACACGUAUGCAGGCCUUUAAAGAAUCAAAUGUUGGAGGGAAACCCCCUGGAAUGUGGAAGACUUUGCUUGGUGUGCUCUCAUCGAGACAAAGCAUCAGUAGCCCUGAGAACUUUCGGGGAUACCACCUCCUAUGGACUGGUCUAGGAGCACAACUAGCACGAGAUGUCCCCUUCUCAGCUAUAUGCUGGACAGUUCUUGAACCAACUAGAAGACACUUGACAGGAUUAGUUGGUGACGAAAGCAAUGCAGCAGUUAUAUUGGGGGCAAACUUUUCUGCAGGCUUCAUUGCUGGGGUCAUCUCUGCUGGUGCUACCUGCCCUCUUGAUGUUGCCAAGACACGCAGACAAAUAGAGAAGGAUCCUGAAAGGGUAUUAAACAUGAACACAAGGCGCAUAUUGGUUGAGGUUUGGAGGAAGGAAGGUAUCAACGGUCUGUUCAGGGGUGCAGGCCCACGAAUGGGACGCGCAGGGCCUUCAGUGGGCAUUGUCGUCUCGUCUUAUGAGGUCGUGAAGCACAUCUUGCACAGAAAACAUGCAGAGCUAUGAUGAACUUUUGAGGUGGUCAUACGUAGCGUAGGGCUGCACUCCAGCUGAAGCUUUGACAAACAUUUUUUCUUCACCACCUACACACGAACUAGAUCGCACUGUGUGCUCUGUUAAAGAAUCAAGAGUUUGUUUUGCGUUUUGCGACUUCCUUCUCGGGAAGAAGAGGUAGGAACGCUGCUGUUCUAAUAAAGGGGGCAGAAUGCCCAAAAUGUUUGUAAGUUAUGUCUCCGCCUGUAUAUUUAGUUACUACUGUUUCUUUCAUCUCUGUGCUGAAUCUGUAAACCUAUUUGAUUCAAUCAGUACGAAGACGGGCAGGUCUUUUAGUAUAAUUAUGUCAUGUACUAGGACAUAAGACUGACAAAAUGCCCCUAUGAUCACAACUAAAUAAAAAUGAUAGAAGUGUCACUGUCA